AUGGCAGCGCCAUAUUCCAUUCACACUUCGACACUAUUCGACCCAAAGAUAAAGGCAUUUGUGUCUGAUAUCUCAAUAACGGUUGACCCAGUAUCCGGGCUCAUUGUCGAAGUCUCCAAGCGGACACCAACAUCCCUUGGGGCCUCUGUUCCUCCGGGAGAUAUCGACCUCCGAGGCAAAACCGUAUUUCCCGGUUUUGUGGACGCACAUACUCACAUCUUCGUCCAUUCUUACGAGGAGCGUUCGUCCUUAGUUCAGAAGCGCGAUGAGAGUAUUGUUGAGCGAAUAAUUCGUGCAGUCAGCCACUGCCGGACGGCAUUACUUUCUGGAUAUACAACCUACCGUGAUUUGGGAUCUGAGUCGAUGCAAGAAUCUGACGCCCAGGUACGAGACUGCAUUAACCGUGGCUUGAUUCCCGGUCCUCGUUUAUUUGUAGCUACUCGUGCACUCGCUAGCACUGGGUCGUAUGAGCCUCGUACUGAGAACCACGCAAAUGGUGUCUGCCUUCCCAGAGGAGGUGAAGUGAUUGAUGGGGUUGAUGAGGCACAGAGAGCAGUUCGGCGCCGUAUUGCAGCAGGUGCUGAUAUUAUUAAAUUUUAUGCGGACUAUCGACGACGAAUGAUGCGUUACCCACCCACUCAGCAACAUCCAUAUAUUCACAGCGCUUUACACCCUCCUGCGGAACCAAAUCCUGACGUGCUUGUCUUUGCACAAGAGGAGAUGGAUAUGAUUGUGAAAGAAGCGAAACUUGGACAGAUACCAGUGAGUUGCCAUGCAAACACUUUAGAGGGAGCUAUGAUGGCUGUUAAUUCUGGCGUCAAUACCAUUGAGCAUGCAUUAUUUGGCAAUAAGGAGCUAUACGAGCUCAUGAUACAGAAAAAUUGUAUAUUGGUUCCAACUCUGGCCAUUUAUGAGCGAAUACAUAAAGCUCGUUUCAAAGAUAUCCUCAAUCAAACCAAGUUAGCUUACGAGCUCGGCGUCCGGCUCGCCUGUGGUGGAGAUACUGGCACAUUUCCUCAUGGUCAAGGAGUUCGGGAGAUGGAACUCAUGAUAGAGGCAGGUAUUCCGUUAGAGGAUGUUCUUGAGUCAUGUACAAUUGGAGGGUGGGAGGCUUGUGGUAAAGAUUUGUGUGGUAUGCGCUUUGGUUGGUUUCAGAAGGGAGUAAGGGCAGACAUUGUUGCUCUUCAGACAGACCCUCGCGAAGACAAGUUCGCAUUAAGGAGUGUGGAUUUUGUAAUGAAGGACGGUGUUGUAUGGAAACAAGACGGUAAAGGGGUGGGAAUAUUUGCUGACGACCACAAGUGGGAUCAAUGA